AUUGCGCAAAUUCUCGAUGUAAAUCGGACAUACAUGCUUAGACGUAGGUAUAUCAUACUUACACCUGUAAGGCAUAUAAAAGGAUGGCCGAAUUACUGGCAUAUCGAUCCCAAUGGCGAUACUCAUCAAGCAUCGGAGAAUCUCACUGGAUUACCUUUAAAGUUUUGAGAAUACGCGCCCUUCGACAUGCAUCUUUCAACUCAUACGUGGAUGAGGCCUGAGCCUCUCGAGGUGACACUUCGGAGAGCGUCCUCUCUUGGUUAUACGUCAGUCGAGCUCGCUGGCGAACCGUCAAGAUACGAUAUAGACGAAACACGAGUUCUCUUGAAGAAACAUGAUAUGACCUGCUGGGCCGUCGUAACGAUUAUGUACGGCUCCCGCGACUUAGCAGCCGAGGAUCCCGCCCAGCGAGAAGCCACAGUUGGAUACAUGAAGAAACUUGUUGAUCUAACAGCUGGACUUGGUGCAGAAGUAGUGACACUAGUUCCUUGCACUGUAGGAAAGCUGCAGCCAAAAGCAAGUCCGCGUGAUGAGUGGCAAUGGGUUGUACAGGGAGUAAGAGAGGUGGCGUUAUAUGCCGCGGAGAAGAGUGUCCGCAUAGCGAUAGAGCCUCUGAACCGAUUCGAAACGUAUUUGAUCACCAACAUCUCUCAAGUUUUACGACUUAUCGACGACGCGAAAGUACCGAAUCUUGGAAUCGCGUUCGACCCCUUCCAUAUGAAUAUCGAGGAACCUGAUUUAAUCGCUGCCCUACGUAGGUGCGGCGAUAGGAUAUACGACUUCCAUCUCGGUGAAAACAAUCGCCUUUCCCCAGGGGAUGGAAACCUGGACUGGCCCCUAAUCGUUCAGACGCUGCGUGAAAUUGGUUAUAAGGGUGGUCUGGCUUUCGAGGCUAUGCCGCCUAUCGAUAGGACUCCAAACGGUGGCUUCGGAUCGGAACAGAUGGAAGCUGAACCGUGGGAUGUGGACAUAGGAACCCUGCAAUUCUUGAAGGACCAUGCCAGCGGCGUCCUGCGAGACGAUUUCUACACCAAAUUGUUGGCACGGUCGGCAGAGACAAUAUCACCGCUCAUCAAAUGAGAUGUUUCACUGUCAUCUUAGACCCUAACGCCACAAUAAGCAAGCUAGGAAACGGCUGUUUUCUGUCAUUUUCUACCCAUGUUCGAGGCGGAAGGAUUGGCAAUUUUUACGACCGGAUUUAUUUGUCCUCGGCCUGAGAGAGAGCAUCAAGGCUCCCAACCCCCUAAAUGCUGCAUCUCAUAAAUGGCUCCUACGUCACAGCUGACUGCCCGUCUCCAAUAGCACAUUCAAUCAAUCAUGUUCAGAUAUCAAAUGUGCAGUUUUGACUAAUUGAAAUAAAA